CAGAAACCAGUGCAGGUGGUCCCGGUGGUGAUGGGCACACUGGGUGCCGUGCCAAAAGAUCUCAGCCGGCAUUUGGAAACAAUAGACAUUGACAAAAUCACCAUCUGCCAACUGCAAAAGGCCACCCGACUGGGAUCUGCACGCAUCAUCCGAAAAUACAUCACACAGUCCUAGACACUUGGGAAGUGUUCGACUUGUGAUUUUGUGAUACAAAAUCCAGCAUAUCUAUCUUGUUUGCUGUGUCAAAUAAUAAUAAUAAUAAUAAUAAUAAUAAUAAUAAUAAUAAUAAUAAUAAUUUUAUUUCUUACCCGCCUCUCCUCAUGGCUCGAGGUAGGUUACAACACUGCUAAAACACAUAAUCAAAACACAUAAUCAUUUAAAAACACCCCUUAAAAUACACAUUAAAAGACAUAAAACAAAAGUUAGACAUAGAAUGAAAGUUUUGUCAUCAAAACUGUAAAAUAUAACUAUACAUCUGCUCUCUCCUUAUGAUCAAAGGACUCGAUUUUCACUAGGCAAACUGUACUAUCAUAAAAUCCCUUUUAACUAACGUUGUAGGAGAGCUUUGGAGGAUUGAAGCUCCCUUGUAUGUAAAAAUAUUAAGUAUCGAUAGUAUUAUUAUUAUUACAUUUAUUUAUACCCAGUUUUAUCUCCUGAAGGAGACUCAAAGUGGCUUAACAUAAAAGCAUUAGCAUACAAUUUGGCCGGGGAGGAUAUGUGUCAAACUAGGGCCUGGAUUCCCUUUCUAAAUGGGUGACUCCAAAGAAUCAAGGUGUAAAUCCCCUUGCACAUAUCCAUUUAUACCUCCCUCCUCCCCAGCAAAGAGCGGAAAAGCCUGAAGCGCAGAAGCCCACCUCUUUCUCAUACUUUCCGUCUCCGAAAAGGCGCCGUUGAACUUCACGGCUGUCUUGCCGCAUCCGUCGCCUUCUUCCUCCUCUUUACGCAAGCGCCACGGACCAGAGGGCAUCUUCUGUCCUGCGUCUAUUUAUAAAGCAAAGGUGCUGCCCGUCCUUUUGGCAAAUGCGGGUCUUCUGAUUAUAACUCGGCAAAGCGGGGGCGUUUAUGCCUGGCCGGCCUUGUUAUCAGCAUUGUGGGCGACAGGGAAGAGAGGAGAAGCAAAAGGGAGGUCAUGCGGACGGGAAGAGGAACUCCGGUGAUGAUGUCUUUGGAGCACACUGGGGACACCACCGCCCUGUCACGUUAUUUAAAGAGAGCCGUGUUGGUUUGCAGACUCUAGAGAAACUGGAACAGCUUGGGAACAGUCCCCUCGAUCUCCAUCAAAGGGGUGAAUCAAAGUCCAAAUCCUACUCUGUAAACUGAAUCAGGAAGCCCAGAGUCUGCAAGAGCUCAGCAAAUGGUGACGUGGAGACCUCUCAUUCAUUCGGUUACCAUAGAUUAAUCUCCACGUGAAGGUACUUAACAACAAGAAGACCUUCUCCAAGGAGUCAAAACUGAGUGAGAACAAGACUUCUCCCCAUCCAGACGUCUCCAAAGGAAGAUCUUCUUCAAGGAGUCAAAACUGAGAACAAGACUUCUCCCCAUCCAGACAUCUCCAAAGGAAGAUCUUCUCCAAGGAGUCAAAACUGAGUGAGAACAAGACUUCUCCCCAUCCAGACGUCUCCAAAGGAAGGUCUUCUCCAAGGAGUCAAAACUGAGUGAGAAAAAGAUUUCUCCCCAUCCAGACGUCUCCAAAGGAAGAUCUCCAAGGAGUCAAAACUGAGUGAGAACAAGACUUCUCCCCAUCCAGACGUCUCCAAAGGAAGAUCUUCUCCAAGGAGUCAAAACUGAGUGAGAACAAGACUUCUCCCCAUCCAGACGUCUCCAAAGGAAGAUCUUCUCCAAGGAGUCAAAACUGAGUGAGAACAAGACUUCUCCCCAUCCAGACGUCUUCAAAGGAAGAUCUUCUCCAAGGAGUUAAAACUGAGUAAGAACAAGACUUCUCCCCAUCCAGACGUCUCCAAAGGAAGAUCUUCUCCAAGGAGUCAAAACUGAGUGAGAACAAGACUUCUUCCCUUCCAGACGUCUCCAAAGGAAGAUCUUCUCCAAGGAAUCAAAACUGAGUGAGAACAAGACUUCUUCCCUUCCAGAUGUCGCCAAAGGAAGAUCUUCUCCAAGGAGUCAAAACUGAGUGAGAAAAAGAUUUCUCCCCAUCCAGACGUCUCCAAAGGAAGAUCUCCAAGGAGUCAAAACUGAGUGAGAACAAGACUUCUCCCCAUCCAGACGUCUCCAAAGGAAGAUCUUCUCCAAGGAGUCAAAACUGAUUGAGAAAAAGACUUCUUCCCAUCCAGACGUCUCCAAAGUCAAGCAGAAGCAGAAAGGGCGGAUGGCCUUCUUCAAGGACCGCGUUUACCCGGCGCUGGCCUUCUGUCAGUCCGUCUUCCUCUUCUUCUUCAAGGGGAUGAUCGAAGGCCUGAUGGUCCUUCUCUUCCUCUGGUUACUUGUCCAGGUCUUGCUGGACAAGCAUCAGCGAGUGCAUUUGCAGGUAUUCCUCGGAGUCGGACUUGCCCUCCUCUGCUUCUGCCUCCUCCUUGGAUGCGCCAUAUGUUGGCAUCAGCGCAAGAAGAGCCGCUGCGAUGAAGCCAAAGCGCAAGCAGCGGAUCGGACCGUGAUGGACUUGGGCUUGGUUUUGCCUUCCCGGACGAUCACACCGGUGGCUAUCCAGCAACAGUAUGUUGAGAUAGAAGGAGAGCUUUUGGAGUCUCCGAGUCCUACUGCAGUCAUCGAUUCUCCAGGAUCUUCUGGCUCGGAAAGCCCACCUCGAAACCUUCACCGCGGCCGAGCUUCCCUUCCAAGUAUCCCUAUUUCUCAGAAGCUGAGUCUUCCCGUGAAGGCACAGCGGGGACGGGAGCGCCGGUGCACCAUCUCCGGGGACGAGAGCAGCCUUCUCUCAAGGCCCAUCUUGGGCACCAGCCUCCCUCCGUCCUACACCAUCCCAAGAGGCCUCUCCGGUGCCACCACGAAGCCUCGGCCGCACCUUCACUUCACCUUGUUCUACUCGGAAGCGGAGGCCCUGCUCACCGUGACGGUGGUUGGCGUCUCCCGCUUGUCCAAGGGUCUCCGGUCAAGCCGCAAUUCCUACGUCAAGGUCUACCUCCUUCCCAAGUUCGUGGAGCCCCAGCGUACCUCCUUGUGCAGGAAAAGCCUGAACCCGGAAUUUCACGAGCAGUUCCACUUCGGCCGCUACAGCCUGGAAGAGCUCCGGAGCCUGACGCUACGUUUCACCGUGUACGCCAAGGAGUUCCACAACCUCAAGGACUCCUUCCUGGGCGAAGUGAUGUUCCCAUGCUCACAAGCCACCUGGAACCCAAGAGUUCCCUCCGUCUAUACUCAGGAGCUCUCCACCACCAAAACCAAACUCAAAAAGUCUCUCAGUUCUCAGGACAUCAGCUCCAGCCCGUCGUUCUCCCAGCCCAAGUCCAUGGGUCAGCUUUUUCUCCUGCUUCAGUACCAAGCUCUGGCCAACCGGAUCAAAGUCCUGGUCCGCAAAGCGGAGAACCUGGGGCGGCUCACCCGCAUCCCUGGCACACCAGACCACUACGUUGUGAUCCAGCUGUAUCACGAUGGGAAGGUCCUUGACACCAAGGAGACCAAGUCCGUCGCAGGAUGCAACCCUGUAUGGAAUACCCCGUUCCUUUUCAGCAUCCCAGCCGGAGACAUCCAGGAGCAGCAGCUGGCCUUGGAGUUUACCAUCAUGCAGGCUCGUCUCUACACCCGCAGUUGCCUUGUGGGUCGAGUGCUGAUCGGCCCCAAUGCUCCAGAGAUGGGGCAGGUCCAUUGGAAGGAAAUGUGCAGCCGGGGAAAUGUGGAGUCGGCCCGUUGGCACUCCAUCCAGCCUCCAGCCUUUCAACUCAGCCCUUGAUGCACGGAGGCAACGUUUCCCACUGGGGCGAUGUUGCUUGCUGCGGUAAACGGCGGCCGUGGCGUCACGGGUGGGACCAUGGAGCCAAAUGACUUUUCCACCAUUGGCAACCUAGGGCAUCAUGAGAGAAGGUGGGCAUGGAUGGCAGUGCCCUCAGGAUCAAUGGAGUUCUAAGGACAGAUUGGUUUGAGAAGGGACCAAGCAGGAGAUCUGAGAAGUUCAAGUGCUCUUAGGUCAGUUCUGAACGCUCGCAAGCCAUUUCCGAGAGCUCCCAAACCACUUCUGAGACCUCUUAAGCCAGCUCCGAGCACCUUAAACCACUUCCAAGCUUAAUCCAGUUUUGAGUGCUCUUACGCCACCCAUAAGUCACGUCUGAGUGGCCUUAAGCCACUUCCAAAUGUGCUUAAGCCACUUCCAACUGCCCUUAAGCCAGUUGCUAGUUUAAGCCAAUUCCGAGCUUUCUUAAGCCACUUCUGAGCUUAAGCCACUCUUGAGAGCUUUUAAGCCAGCUCUGAGCACCCUUAAGCCAACUCCAAGUGCUCUCAAACCAGUUCCAAAUGAGCUUAAGUCACUUCCAAUUGCUCUCAAACCAGUUCCAGAUGAGCUUAAGUCACUUCCAGUUGCUCUCGAACCAGUUCCAAGUGAGCUUAAGGCACCUCCAAUUGCUCUUAAACCAGUUCCAAGCUUACGCCACUCCGAACGCCGUCAAGCCAUUUCCGAGUGUCCUUAGGCCAAUUCCUAAUGCUAUUAAGCCAGUUCUGAGUUCUCUUAAACCAUCCCGUGCGCUUAAGUCACUUCAGAGAGCUUUUAAACCAGUUCAAAUUUUAUAAGCCAAUUCCGAGCAUUCUUAAGCCACUCCUGAGCUUAAGCCACUUCUGAGGGCUCUUAAACCAGCUCUGAGCAUCCUUAAGCCAGCUCCAAGUACUCGCAAGCCACUUCUGAUCACUCUUGAACUAUUUCCAACUACUCUUAAGCCACUUUUAAGGUUAAGCCAGUUCUGAGUGCUUUUAAGCCAGUUUCGAAUGUGCUUGAGCCACUUCAGUUGCUCUUAAGCCAGUUCCGAAUGUGCUUGAGCCACUUCCAAUUGCUCUUAAACCAGUUCCGAGUCUAAGCCAGCCCCAAGCUGAAACCACGACUAGCAUUCUCAACCCCAAGCACUCUUAAGCCACUUCUGAGCGCUCUGAAGCCAGUUCCAAAUGUUUUAUUGUGAGCAGUCUGGGAAUUCGAGCCCAGGAGACCAUGAAAUGGGCAAGUAUAAUAUGGUUUAUGCCCCAGCACUACCUUUCUUUCCUGGCAAAGCCAACAUGCUCCCCUCAAAUGCACCCAGAUCCAGAUCCACUUUCCAGAUCCACUGCAGCAAUUUUGGGAGGAUUACAUCACCGGCCCAACUGUUGGCUGGAAAUGAAGAGGAAGGAAAACUGCAUCAGCAAAACUGAACGUGGACUGCAGUUGCAGGCAGACUCAAGGGACCGGAGCUGCGAGAAAGAGGAUGCUGGAGACCGUGCGGCUGCAACGGAGAGGAAAUUUCGCACCACUUGGCUGCUAUAGAAUGAGCUGCAUUGGAAGGGAAAAUAUUAAAUCAAAUGCAGCAGAGACAUCUGAAGGAAAACACAAGAGGCCCUGGGCUGUGUAAUGCCAACAAUGUUAUUGAAAGGCUGCUUGAACUGUAAUUGUAUUAUUUGGACUUAACCAGUUAUAAUUACUAAUUACAAGUAUGAUAUUAUUACUACUGUAACUUAAUAAUGACCAUUGUUGUAACUAUUACUAUUAUAACUUAAUAAGGGACGACACUAUGACUAUUCUUAGGGCGGCAGGAUGCGGAGGAGGAAUAUCACAUGGUUCCAGUUCUGGCGUAUACACGCCUGCCUUUUGCUCAUUGUGAGUAUUGCAAUGACAAAGGAAUUGUGUUACAGCUCUUGUUGUAACACACUCUGGCCACUUUUAGAUAUGUAACCCAGCCCUAAGCUCAAUACCUUCUGUUGUAGUAACUUUUGAGAAAUUGCAGUUUUAUUUUUUUCCCUCGAACUGUAACUGUAAUUACAAGUGAUUAGUUCCUUAACUGUGGAAUUGUAAAAGUAACUCCCUUUCCAAGCUCUGGUUGAAAGGAUGGUAUAAGGACCAUGUAACUGCGUGUCUGGAAAACACACACAAAUGUGUUUUAUAUAAACUGAUGUGCAUUGCUUUCAA